AUGACAGUUGCUGAGUGCAAGGAAAAAUGGAGAAACCUUCGUACAGUUGUUUCUCGAAACAGGAGAUCAGGAGCGACAAAGAAGAAAGCUUAUUACUUGGCUGAUGUAAUGCAGUUUGCUGUGCCAUUUAUAAAGACAGCCAUUCCUCCUUCACCUGGAAAUUUGCCAGAGAUGCCUGAACAACAGACAACCCAAGUACUAUCACCCUCAACUAGCGAUUAUGAUGAAAGUAUUGCAGAAAAUGAUACAGAACCUGCAUCGUUCUCACAGCAGCCCUCAUCUCCAUUUUCUCCACCACCGCCGCCACUACAACAAACAGCACAGACUAAACGAAACACAGAGGGAAAGUCUUGUCAGAAACAAAAAUUUAAGGUGGCCUCACGGCGGAAAUGUGAAGAGGACGCAGAUGUGUCUAUCGCUGAAUAUUUUACAGCUAAGAAGACUAAACUGGACCAAAAUCAACAAGAUGAAAGGAAAGAAAGUAUUAAAAUGUUUUUGUUAAGCCUGAUACCCGAUUUGUCUCAGUUGAGUGAUGUACAAAUAAGGGAAUUUGAGCGAAGAGUUUUGAAUAUUAUCGACGAUAUUGGAUUGAGUGCACUUAAAUAUAAUACUUACCUUAAAGUGAUUAGUAUUCUUUCCUCUGCGCUCACACAUUCUCGCAUAUUUGUGUUCAUCUUUGAUAGGAAAGGGCUAAGCAGCUUAACUAAUUCCAGGAUGAGAAACUACAAACGGAAAACCGAACGAGGCAAAGUUUCGAUUGACUUGCUGCAGCGGGCAGCUGAUGCUGUUAUUAGAAAUGGUCGUAAGCUUAAGACGGUCGCUCGAGAACUGGAAAUAUGCCACAUGACGUUAUUUCGUUAUGUCAAAAAGUUGAAGGCCGGUUUAACACCCACUGUAGGCUAUUAUUCCAGACAGGUGUUCAACCAUGACCAGGAGAAGACAUUAGCCGAGUAUUUGUUGAAGUGUGCUUCAAUCUACUUUGGCCUCUUGCCAGAAGAAGUAAGGAAAUUGGCAUAUACUUGUGCUAUUAAAUUUGACAUGCAUAACAUUCCUGCCUCUUGGCAUAGAAAUAAAGAAGCUGGAGCUGAUUGGUUUACGGACGUUGGCGUUAAUGGACCGUUCAAAACAUAUUGUACCAAAGCUCAACAAAACUGGUUACGUAACAACCCAGGAAAGACAAUGUCUAUCUAUGAGAUACCUGGAAUUGUAAAGAUUGCAUGGCCUGUAGCAGCGACUCCCAAUAACAUAAUGAACGCGUUUAAAAAAGCAGGCAUAAGUCCAUACAACCCUGAUAUAUUUACGGAUGAAGAUUUUGCUCCGUCUUUUGUGACUGACCGACCUCUGCCUGACACUAACAUAUCGUUAUUGGAAUCAACUCAUAAUGAGGAAUCACAGCUCCAAAAAAUAACAGAUCAUGAAGAACCUGGGUUGAAUUGUAAUAUGGAAGGCAUCCCAGAUAUCGAGCCACGUCCAGCGACAACAGGACCCGUGACGAAUCAACCUCAACCAGGACCUUCAAACAUUGCCGAUUUCUCAAACAAUGUUGUAAUUCAAGCCACAUCUCGCAUAUUUUCCCCUGAAGCUAUCAAACCUUUACCAAAAGCACCACCAAGAUCAUCUACAGCAACUAAGCACCGAAUUAGAAAAUCAGCAAUACUGACAGAUACGCCUGAAAAGAACGCUUUAGCUGAAGAAAAAGCGAGAAGAGUGAAAAGCAAAACCAAAACAAAGGGAAACAAAAUUGAAAAGAGAAUUGGAAAAACAAACUCAAACAGUAUAGACAAGCAAAAUUGUAAAGUGAUAGGUAAAUCCUUAAGUGGUAAAAAAAAUGUGAAACGGAAAAUCCUCCAAGACGAUCAUGAAAGCGACAGCGAAGAAGACAGUCUGGAAUGGUAUUGUUUGAUAUGCUGCGACUCAUUUUCCAAUUCAAAACCAGGAGAACAAUGGAUUGAAUGCGUCAAGUGUAAGAAUUGGGCUCAUUCAAAAUGCCUAAAAUCUGAAGAUAUACAUUUUUUUGUUUGUCCGAAUUGUGAUUCGGAUGACGAAUACUUUGAAUAA